GUUGUCCGGUGUGUACGUGUGGCUGCUCUGCCACUGCAGUCGCCUCCUCAUCGGGACAGAUUGUGGAUCACACGGGGUCAAAAAUGGUGAAAGUAACGACAGUGAAGACCAAGCCGUACACGGACCAGAAGCCCGGGACGAGCGGCCUGAGGAAGAGGGUGACGGUGUUUCAACAGAACCAGCACUAUGCAGAAAACUUCAUCCAGAGCACCAUCUCUGUCAUCGAGCCUGCCGAGCGCCAGGCUGCCACUGUGGUGGUGGGAGGAGAUGGGAGGUUCUUCAUGAAAGAAGCCAUUCAGUUGAUCGUUCAGAUUUCUGCUGCCAACGGGAUUGGCCAUCUGGUGAUUGGUCAGGAUGGCAUCAUGUCCACCCCAGCAGUCUCCUGUGUGAUCCGCAAGGUAAAGGCAGUGGGUGGCAUCAUCCUCACCGCCAGCCACAACCCUGGAGGCCCUAAUGGAGACUUUGGCAUUAAGUACAACAUCUCCAGUGGAGGACCUGCUCCAGAGGGCAUCACAAACAAAAUAUAUGAGAUCAGCAAAACCCUGCAGGAGUAUCAGAUCUGCCCAGAGCUGAAAGCUGAUCUGUCCAAGAUCGGUAAACAGACCUUUGAAGUGGACACGUUCAAGCCCUUCACAGUGGAGAUCGUGGACUCUGUGGAGGCCUAUGCUGAGAUGCUCAGGGGCAUCUUUGACUUUGCUGCACUGAAGGAGCUUCUCUCUGGAGCCAAUCACAUAAGCCUCCGCCUGGAUGCUAUGCACGGAGUGGUUGGUCCUUAUGUGAAGAAGAUAAUCUGUGAAGAGCUGGGGUCUCCUGCCCACUCAGCAGUCAACUGUGUGCCCAAGGAGGACUUCGGGGGCCACCACCCCGACCCCAACUUGACCUACGCUGCCGACCUGGUCAACGCCAUGAAAGGAGGAGAAUAUGAUUUUGGUGCAGCCUUUGAUGGCGAUGGUGACCGUAACAUGGUGCUUGGUAAACACGGCUUUUUUGUAAACCCUUCAGACUCCGUUGCUGUCAUCGCUGCCAACAUUAUCAGCAUCCCUUACUUCCAGAAGACUGGUGUCAAAGGACUGGCCCGCAGUAUGCCCACUAGUGGAGCCCUGGACAAUGUGGCUAAAGCUCUCGAAAUGCAGCUGUACGAGACUCCAACCGGCUGGAAGUUCUUUGGUAACCUGAUGGAUGCUGGAAAGCUUUCACUCUGCGGAGAGGAGAGCUUCGGCACAGGCUCAGAUCACAUCCGUGAGAAGGACGGCUUGUGGGCGGUGCUCGCAUGGUUGUCAAUCUUAGCCACCAGGAAACAGAGCGUGGAAGAGAUCAUGAAGGAUCACUGGCAGAAGUUUGGCAGGAACUUCUUCACCAGGUACGACUAUGAGGAGGUCGACUCAGAUGCCGCCAACAAGAUGAUCAAGGAUCUGGAGACGGCAAUGUUCGACCCGUCCUUCGUAGGAAAGAAGUUCUCAUCGGGUGAUAAGACUUAUGAGGUGGCCGUCUCUGACAACUUUUCCUAUACAGACCCUGUGGACGGAAGUGUGUCCAAAAACCAGGGCCUCAGGAUCAUCUUCUCUGAUGGUUCUAGGAUCAUUUUCCGUCUCAGCGGUACAGGCAGCGCGGGAGCAACCAUCAGGCUCUACAUAGACAGCUAUGAGAAGGACCCCCAGAAGAUUUAUCAGGACCCACAGGUGAUGCUGGCUCCUCUGGUAGACAUCGCCCUGAAGGUCUCUCAGCUCCAAGAGAAGACUGGACGCACUGGCCCCACUGUGAUCACAUGAUUCCUCUACCACACUGCCUCCACUCACCCUCAGCAACAGGAUACCUCCGCUCUCUCGGGGUGAAGCUGCCCUUGAAUGCUGUCUUGGCUUCAGUUCCUGGCCCUCCUUAGAAACAGAGCUGGACGAAAAAAAAAAGGGAAACUCAACAUGCAGGUCGAAAUACAAGAAAAUACACGAGGAGCUCCUGAUUUAUCUUAAACUGAAAGUGAUCCACUGCAUGAGUGUUGAUAUGAUGUUUUCAUGAAAUACGGUUGAGGUGUCAGAAAAUGACAUUGACAUUUGUGACAAACAUGUGAUUUUAAGGAAAACAACAUUUAAAGAUUCAAAGGUGGACUGGAAAAUGUGAAUGAAGUGAGCCUCGUGUAAUUUAUGGAGCCAUGUUUAAUCUUGUUAGUGCCCAGAUCUGUUCCUAAACCAUAUCAUUAGAUGCAUAAACUGUCAAACUGACCAACAAUCAGCAAUUUAGGGCAACCUCACCCAAUGUUUCCCUCACUGACCUGGUGCCUUCCCCUCUCUCUGUUCUCCAAAACCAUCACAACAGCCUCUCAGCCUGAAUCAUGACCCACAGCUGAAACCAUGAGAACUAACGCUUCCACCAUUAAUAAAAUAACCUCACAUAAAAGAA